GGCAAAGUGCGAGCAGGCGAGUGAGUGCUUCCAUGCCCCACCAUGCAUGGUCUACUUAGGUGCCGAUGCAGGACUGCGAGUCGGCUCUUGUACCCUCCUCAGAGUACUGUUAGUCUAGUCGCCAUCAUUUUUUGCUUUGCUUAUAGACUGUAGAGGAGUCACACUGGCCACCCGGGAACUUUGUGGAUUGUCGAGCCGCUCGAUUGCAUUGAUACCCCUCGUUGUACCUUCGUUAUACCUUGGGUGCCGUACUCUAAUUGGCUUCCCUGCCUUGCCUUGCCUUGCCAUACCUUAACUUGGGACCCGGUGUAAGCAGCAACCUGCAACCUUACCUACCAAUCAUGGAAUCAGCACUUCCGCUCCCCUUCCUCGUCGGCGUCGCGGUGCCGCCGGGGCUCGGGGGCGAAACUGAGGGCCUCACGCGCGAGGAGGUGUCGUGUCUCGGCUGCGUCUUCUUCCAGGUCGCUCCCCCCGCCGUCGGCAAGAUCCUGCGCUUCCUCAAGCGCCACAACGUCGAGUUCCAUCCCUUCUUUGACGUCACCCAGCUCGAGUCUAGAGACGACAUCGUCUCCCUCCUCGAUGCCGGCGCACGCAAGGUGUUUGUGCGCCCCGAGCAGCUGCCCGACUUCGCCGAGUUCGGCUCCCGCGUUGCCCCCGUCGUGUCCUCUGCCAUCAGCACCUCGUCGUGGCCUGCCUCGACCAGGCAUGGCCUGCUUGUCUGCGACUUUGACCCAGCGCAGGACGGCGCCGCUCAGUUCGCCGACGAGGCCAAGUCCAAGAAGGUGACUCCGCUGUUCCUCAAGCCCACCGCAACUGCCGACCUCGAACGAUUCGUGGCUAUGGCGGCUCAGUGCAAUGCAACCCCUAUCUUGCCCUCGACAGGGCUGACGACGGCCAAAGGCCAGGCAGGGAAGCUUGCCGUCCCCAAGGUCCUUGCCGCCUCUUGGACUUCAGACCGUCCCGACGGACUGAUCCCCACCAUUGUGUGCGACGAGAACGGCACAGCCCUUGGCUUGGUCUACAGCAGCGAGGAGAGCGUCGGGGAAGCCCUCAAGACCCAGACAGGCGUUUACCAGAGCCGCAAGCGUGGUCUGUGGUAUAAGGGGGCGUCGUCUGGGGACACUCAGGAGCUCGUCCAGAUAUCGCUCGACUGCGACAACGACGCUCUGAAGUUUGUCGUGAAGCAAAAGGGGCGCUUCUGCCACCUGGAACAGUCUGGCUGCUUCGGGGAUCUGAAAGGCAUCUCCAAACUGGAGCACACUCUGGUCGCAAGGAAACAGUCUGCACCGGCCGGCUCCUAUACCGCCCGCCUCUUUUCGGACGAGAAGCUGCUGCGGGCAAAGAUUAUGGAGGAAGCCGAGGAGCUCUGCGAUGCCAAGACACCCGAAGAGGUUGCCUUUGAGGCUGCCGAUCUCAUCUACUUUGCCUUGACGAGGGCUGUGGCGGCGGGCGUGACUCUUGCCGAUAUCGAAAAGAGCCUCGACGCCAAGAGCUGGAAGGUCAAGCGUCGAACGGGAGACGCAAAGGGCAAGUGGGCCGAGAAGGAAGGUAUCAAGCCUACAAACGGCGCGUCACCCGCCCCUCCAGCGACUGAGGCGGUAAAGGGGGCAAAGGAGACAACCCCUGAGAGAAUCACCAUGAAGAGCUACGACCUGUCCAAAGUAUCGUCUUCUGAGCUUGACGAAGUGCUAAGGCGGCCAUCACAAAAAUCGCCAGAAUUGAUUCUCAACAUCAUCAAGCCAAUCAUUGACGAUGUCCAGAAGAAUGGCGACAAGGCCGUUCUUUCGUAUACGCACAAGUUUGAGAAGGCGACGUCUUUGACUUCGCCGGUACUCAAGGCUCCCUUCCCGGAAUCUCUGAUGCAGCUGUCCUCCGAAACGACAAAAGCUAUUGACAUAUCGUUUGACAACAUCCGCAAGUUCCACGCCGCCCAGAAGGACGAAAAGCCGCUGACGGUCGAGACCAUGCCCGGCGUUGUUUGCACGCGCUUCUCUAGGCCGAUCGAGGCUGUCGGUCUCUACGUGCCCGGCGGUACCGCUGUUCUCCCAAGCACGGCGCUCAUGCUUGGUGUUCCCGCCAUGGUAGCUGGGUGCAAGAAGAUUGUGAUCGCCUCGCCGCCCCGCUCCGACGGAAGCAUCACGCCCGAGAUUGUCUACGUCGCGCACAAGAUCGGCGCCGAGUCAAUCGUGCUUGCCGGCGGCGCCCAGGCCGUGGCGGCAAUGGCCUAUGGAACCGAGAGCGUAAGCAAGGUUGACAAAAUCCUCGGGCCAGGCAACCAGUUCGUCACGGCGGCCAAGAUGCACGUGUCCAACGACACCAACGCCGGUGUCAGCAUCGACAUGCCGGCAGGCCCGUCAGAGGUGCUCGUUAUUGCCGACAAGGACGCCAACCCUGCCUUCGUCGCCUCGGACCUCCUGUCCCAGGCAGAACACGGCGUUGACAGCCAGGUCAUUCUGAUUGCCGUUGACCUCACCGAGGCCCAGCUGGCCGCCAUCGAGGACGAGCUCCACAGCCAGGCCAUGGCCCUCCCGAGAGUAGACAUUGUCCGCGGCUCCAUUGCCCACUCUGUCACGGUGCUGGUCAAGACGGUCGACGACGCCAUGCAGAUCAGCAACCGCUACGCCCCGGAACACUUGAUCCUCCAGGUAAAGGACGCCGAGAGGCUCGUUGAAAAGGUCGUCAACGCCGGCAGCGUCUUCAUCGGCGAAUGGACACCCGAGAGUGUGGGAGACUACUCGGCCGGCGUCAACCACUCGCUUCCGACCUAUGGAUUCGCGAAGCAGUACUCGGGUGUCAAUCUGGCAUCUUUCGUCAAGCACAUCACCAGCUCGAACCUGACGGCCGACGGGCUGCGCAAUGUCGGCGAGGCAGUGAUGCAGCUCGCCAAGGUGGAGGAGCUGGAGGCGCACAGGAGGGCGGUCAGCAUCCGCCUCGGUUACAUGAACCGGUGAAAGGAUGUCUGUCUCGAUGAAUUGCGAAUUCCUGUAUCGAAAGACGCCUGGAACCAUAACAACGGCCGUAUCAUGGUUGCCAGGCAAAAAUAAAUUGAUCCCAGUUUAUCUGCUUGGUGGCAUCAAAUGAUGUGAACUGAACUGAUACCUCGUUGACUAAACUUUCAUAGAACGGGGAGAAAUGAAGAACGCACAUCUACGUGGUCAUCUAAACAAAGCAAAAGAAUAGAUGAGAUAUAUAAAAUGGAGAUUCAGUGUGUGCGUGGUAAUUGGUAUAAGCUAUUUCACUUUUACGGUAGGUCUAUGUGGAAGUCCCUCCUUAAGCAGACGAAAUAAAACAUAUACUACUUAAUAUAGGCAAGGCCGAUAUUAACAUUGAAGACUACUCUGGUUGGACACCAC